AUGGCGAUCGCGCACGUCGCCACUGAAUAUGUCUUCAGUGACUUCUUACUGAAAGAUCCGACAGAGGGACAGAGUAAUAAAUACAAAGGUGUGCGCCUGGAGCUCGCUGUGGAUAAAAUAGUCACGUUUCUGUCCGUGGGGCUGCCUUUGUUUCUGAUCUCCCUCGCCUUUGCUCAGGAGGUGUCCGUGGGUACACAAAUCAGUUGCUUUGCUCCAACAAAUUUCUCCUGGAGACAAGCGUACUAUGUGGAUUCAUUUUGCUGGGCAGCAGUUCAGGAGCAAUCAGAGAACACCCCACUAUGGCUACAUAAGUUCUUCCCGUACAUCCUGCUCCUCUUUGCCGUCCUACUGUACAUCCCUGCUCUGUUUUGGAGGUUCACAGCUGCUCCACACCUUUCUUCAGACCUCACUUUCAUCAUGGAGGAGCUGGACCGUUUUUAUAACCGUUCAAUUCGUCUGGCCAAGAAUCUGGCUUCUUUAGACAGCAAGGAUGGGAAUGAGGACUCACAAAGUGCUUUGGACCUGGCAGAGGGCUGCUUCAAAUACCCAUUAGUUGAGCAUUACCUCAAGACCAAGCGCCUCUCUCGCAGCCUCGUGGUCAGAUACUUGGCCUGCCGCGGUCUCACUCUGCUGAUCCUGCUGUUCGCCUGCGUGUACCUCGGCUACUACAUCCUGCUGGCCUCCCUCACAGACGAGUUCCCCUGCGACCUGAGAAAAGGCGUGCUUCAGAACGACAGCUCCGUGCCAGUGGCGGUGCAGUGCAAGCUGGUGGCAGUGGGGGUGUUCAGGCUCCUCAGCUACAUCAACCUGGUGGUCUACGUUCUCCUGGUUCCUCUGGUGGUCUACGCCUCCGUCGGACCAGCGCGGCAGAGUUCGAGCUUCCUGCGGCCUUACGACAUGCUCCCGGGGUUUGGCUCUUUGGGAGAGGUCACCCCGGUUUACAAUGACCUCAGCAUGUAUCUUCUGUUUCUACAGGAGAAUCUGAGCCAACUGAAGUCGUACAAGUGCCUGCAGGUUCUAGAGUUGUUACAAGACUCGAGUGAGGAGGGUUUUGACGCCAUGUGCCUUUUGCAAACUCUGGGUCAAGUGAAGACAGAUGUGGUGGACUGCAAAAAGGGGACGUGCAUAGAGAUGGUGGAGCCAACGCACAAGUUUGCGUCGAUGGAAGAUGAGCUUUGCUUCUGGAAGGAGCAGGCAGAGAAACAACAUCAAAGGGCUGAAGAGGUGCAAGAGGAGCUGCAGGAGUUUCAGCAGAUGAGUCGAGACUAUGAGGCUGAGCUGGAGUCCGAGCUGAAGCAGUGUGAAGGGAGAAACAAAGAUCUCCUCCUGGACAACAACAGACUGCGCAUGGAGCUGGACAAUGUGAAGGAGAAAUUUGAGAACCACCACUCUGAAGCUUCGAGGCACAUUUCUACACUGGAAGAGAAUCUGCUGGAAACUACAACUAUGAGAGAUCAUCUACAGAAAUACAUCAGGGAACUUGAGCAGUCCAAUGAUGAUCUAGAAAGGACCAAAAGGGCAACUAUUAUGUCGCUUGAGGACUUUGAGCAGAGAAUGAACCAAGUAAUAGAGCGCAAUGCCUUCCUUGAAAGUGAGCUGGACGAGAAAGAAAACCUGCUGGAGUCAGUUCAGAGACUUAAGGAUGAAGCUCGAGACCUUCGUCAGGAGUUAGCAGUUCGACAGGUAGAGAGACGGCCGUCGAGCAGCUUAGGCAAAGACUCAGACCUGCAGGGCCCCUCUACUAUUAACCCUUCCCUCCCCACAACACCAGCUAAACCGAUUAGCACAUUCGACACGCCCCCUAUCUCCAGCAUCCGCCGAGGUGAUGGACUUACGGGCACUCCCCUGACAACUUCUACUCGAAUAUCUGCACUAAAUAUUGUUGGCGAACUAUUGAGAAAAGUUGGGAAUUUGGAGUCUAAGUUGGCAUCUUGUCGAGACUUUGUGUAUGACACGUCGGUCAGCCGACCAGCUCUCCUCGCUUCCAGCCCUGGUUUUGGAGUAGGCUCUGAUGUCCAAGUGAGCAGCUCCCCUCCGCAGUAUGACAGUGUAGUGAAGCACCUAGAGUUUGGUCCAGCUCCUCCUCGAGGACUCUCCCAUGGCACUCAGUCUCCACAGGGAGGAGUGAAGAUCUUGCUAUGA